CUGUUCUCACUACAGUGAGGAACUCCUGUGAAAUCUUUGCUACAGUACUGAAAUUCCAUGGACAGACGUCCCAACAAUGUUUUGGACAGCCGUGGUCAUUGCUGAUUCCUGUAUGCGUAAAGACGCUCCAGCUGCCAGGAACUGAGAACUGAGCGGGCCAGCGAUCCACCUGCUGUGAGGCGGCUGUCCCACCGGCAACUCUUGGCUCAGGUGACAAAGAAGCAGUGAACAAGUGUGAGUACAAGAACCCCAGGCCGGCGACCAGCCCAGAGCACAGGGAGCAGGACUGAGCUGGUGGGCUCAGGCUGGCAUGAACAUGAAGGCGUUCUGGAGUGCUCUGCUGGCUCUGUGCUGGGCUUUCAGGUUCGGAGAAUCUCGAGAGAGCCUCCCGAUGCAGAGCCUGCGCUGCUACAAUGACUACACCUCCCAGACGACCUGCACAUGGCAGGAGUGCACAGAGGCACGUCGCUUCCUCAAUGUGACUCUUCACUAUGAGGACAAUAUAGACAAGAGAAGCACACAGAUCCCAUGUGAGCCUCAGGGAGCCAAGAGGCUGCCUGUCUGCCAGGACUUCUGUGUCGGCUGGAGCUGCCACAGAAACAGCACCCUUUUUGCUGUUGGAGUGCAUGACAGUUACACUUUCAAACCUGAUCGGUUGCUGCAGGCCAAGCUGAACAUCAGCCUCUUCCAGAAUGUCCAGCCCCUCCCACCUCAGAAGCUCUGGAUCAACGUCACAGAAGCAGGCAACUUCUUGCUGGCCUGGGAAGCAGCUGGAGAGAGAAAGGGAAGCCACUGGGUAUAUGAUGCAUUGGAGUUUGAAGUGACCUACAAGCAGGAGUGGGAAUCCUGGGAGAAAUCUUCCUCGGUGUCAGUCGCAAGCGCCUCCCACUGCCUGCUGAGGCGUGAUGCCCUUGUGCCGGGCAGCACCUAUGUUGCUCGUGUGCGAUCCAAGCCGAGCCAGGGCGCUGGUUGGUCUGGGCAGUCCAGCGAAUGGAGCACUGCUGUGUCCUGGAGGUCCCAGGAAGAGGAUGAGGCUCAGCCCAAGAACCUUCGCUGCCUCUUCAAUGGGGUUGAUCGGCUAACGUGCAGCUGGGAAGUGAGGAGAGAGGUCACCAGCUCUGUCUUGUUCACGCUCUUCUACAGAACCCCACCAGCAUCAGAAGAGACAGAAUGCUCUCCAGUCCAUGAGGAGGAAUUGCCUGGCAGCCACUACCUGUUCCACAGCUGUGAGAUCAAUGUCACCAACCCCAGCAGGCUGAGCCAGUACCUCAUAACUGUCCGGCCCAAGAAGGAGGAGAAACUGAUUAAAGCCUACAAAAACAUCAAGCCACGUGCGCCUGUUAACGUGACAAUGACAAAGAGGAAAGAGCAGGAGUAUGAGCUGAGAUGGACAAAACAGAUCCUAAGCUAUGCCUAUAUAGGCCAGAGAUAUGAAUUCUUGUAUUGGAAGACUGGUGACUCGUUGGAGAAUGCCCAGGGUGUAAACAUCAGCAAUGACGAGCCUCCCCUCAUCUUCACCCUGCAGAUGCUGGAGCCCUCCACACAAUAUAGCGGGAAAAUGCGGGCAAGGGUGCACAUGGAUGGCUACCAGGGGCCCUGGAGCGAGUGGAGUGAGGAGUGCACCUGGGAAACUGAGAGUGCUGGGUCACCACUGAUUCUCCCACUGCUGAUCCCAGUCUUCACCAUCGUGCUGAUAGCAUUUGGCUGGUGUGGUUAUAGAUGCCUACUCAGCAAGAAGAAAAAAUGGGAGGAAAAGAUUCCAAAUCCCGGCAGGAGUCAGCUGCUCCAGAGCUACCUCCAGAAAGUAGCACUUGGGAUUCCGCUGCCGAGCAGCCAGCUGGACUUUGGCAAGCAGAGCCCUUCUGAGAAGAUGGACCUGGCCAGCUGCAUCCAAGUGCUGGAUGGACAGAUGAAGGUUAGUUCAGCAGAGCUCCCUGCAGUCGUGACCGAGAGGAUGAUGUGCUUCCUUGGUGCACUGGACCCAGAGAACCCAUAUCAGACUCUUGAAAUGACAACUCCAGCUCCACAUCCUGCAGCCCCGGCUAGCUGCCGUUCGAGUCAGAGCACCAGUCAGUCCUUGUCACCAGCCACGCUCCCCUGGAGGAGCAGUGCUAAGGUCACUGCUUCUCAGGCACCCAUGUCCUGCUUUGACUUUAAUGGUCCAUACUUGCACUUCCCCCAUGGGUGCUCCCUGCCUGACAUUCAUCAGGACCAGGAAGCUGCCCCACUGGGAACCAGGGGGAGGCCAGUGUCCCUGGAGUACGUGUCCCUACCCCAGGGGGCCUCUUCCCAGAUCCUGCUGGUGGAGGAGGAGAGAGGAGAAGCUCAGCUCCACCCCGUCUCGCUUCCUGCUGAGAAAGAGAUGAAGCAGCCACUUGCUGGAGAGCAAGAAGGGCCACAAGGCCAGCCAGCAGGUGGGGAAGUGGCACAAGGGGACACCAAAGGUCAAAGGUCACGGAUUGCUGCCGUCUUAAACAAUUCCGGUCAGAAAUUGCCACUGGGAUACGUCACCACGGAAGGUCUGUCACUGAUGCCAGCAAGAGACUCUGCCCAUCUGUCCCCUGCACAGGCCCCACUGGAGGGGAUGCCCACUGCUUCUGGCAUGUUGUCAUCCAACCCACAACUGCCCCAUGCCACGGAGGGCACCCCUAGCCCCGAGUUGGGCCCUGAAAAACCUGGUGUCGCAGUCCCAGUUCCAUCUCCAGCAUCAGCUGCUCUCUCUGGAUUUGGGAGCUAUGUUAUGUUCCCCAAGGCUCUCUGUGGCACUCCAGAACCCGUUGGUUUUUCCCCACCCAUCCUAUCGGAGGGGGUUGAUUUUGCUAAAGCAGAGCCUGGGCAAGAGGAUAAUGUGGUCAUGUUCAACCCCGAUGGCACCGGACCAGUUUUUCUACGCCAGGUGGGGGAAUACUGCUUCUUUCCCGGCCUCAAACCUGGUGAGAAGCCCCCCGGGGGUGAGAAAGGCCCCCUGGCUGAUCAGACAUCAGAAGCCAGACAGGCAUUUGGAAAGCCGCCCUGUGAUGGAGGAUCUGUCAAUAGCAAGCGAGAGCCUGCUCUUCACAUGCAGGCCAUUCAGCUCUUCAAAACCCUGAAGUGUGACGAUUACUUUGUGUUGCCUCUGUGGGCAGGACAGGAACCAGCUGUCAGGGCCAAGGAACUGUACUAGUGCUACAAGAGGACUGGUGAGGGCAAGAGAACAGGUGAAUGGAUUCGAGUCCCCCACUCGAAGCCUGUUGCCUCUUCUUGUCAUCACUGUUUCCCCUCCCGAACCCAGGCAGGAAAAGCAAAGGGCAAUCCUUCUUCCCAGCCCUCCUUCUUCCAAAGUGGGUGGCAAAUGUCAAUCAGCACCACAUCCUCCUCAGCUGUAUCACCGUACUUGGGUAGAGAAACCAGGAAAUCUCUCCCCAUUGGAGAGAUCUGCUCGUUACACACAGCUCUAAUCCCCCUGCCAUUAUCAUGUUAGCUUUGCCACGCUUCUGCUGCAAUGUAAUAUUGAGUUCAAUGCAAACUUCACAGCAUGAACGAUCAAACGUCAUGUCACGGAUAAGAUUCUGGUGCAAGCACCUGGAAUGAAAUGCCUCACAUUCUGAAAACAGAUCUAGUUUAUUUAGAGAGAUAAUACUCAUCCAGAAGAAUUAGUGUUGGAAGGAUGUAGAUAGCAAACCUGUCAAGGAGGAAUUGGAAUUGCUAAGGAUGGGACAAGGAGUCAAGGGGUGAAACAGCAAUGGGGAAACUUGGCUGCAGCUGAAGAAACCUUUCCUAUCUGUGACUCUAUCCUGCAGAAUGAUGUCUCUAGGGAGGUAGUGGAAGCCCCAUCACCAGGACACGUAAAACCAGACUGGACAAAGCCAGGGAGGACAUAUAUUAUUGCAGGGAAAACUGGGGUUGGGGCAGGGGAAAGGUUAUGCAAGUGGAUAAAUUAUGGUUUAAUGGAUCUCUUCUAUCUCUAAUUGCUCAAAUACUAUGACAUGCUGGAUUCCCAGUAUACUGGCUGUUUGUAGGAGAUGGUAGCAACUAGCUAGCUGCUUUGGCGAGUAACAGUGCCGUGGAAAGAGAACUCAGUUCUUUCCUGCUCCUUUCUGCAAGGGAACAACAUUGACUCAGAGCUGCCACCCAGUGAUCAGACCUAGCAAAAUCAUCUCUCAAUCCAUGGGUCAGCUCUGUUACUGAUUGAGUUAGAUGUGUCACCUACCACGUAGGAUGUCUGAGUCUGACUUUGGUAUAUUUGUGUGACAUGGCUGAUGAGGGGAGUGUAGUGGGGUGGCUGCCCCACUCCAAAGUAAAAUGGAUUAAGAGCAGCUGAGGGAGGCUGGGGAGAUAGUUGGCCCCAGGUGUGGAUGGCUUAAUCGGGCCACAGCUGGCACUGAUAUGAGGGCUGGAGGCCAGGAGCUGUAGAAGUCUCACCCUAGCCCUGGAGUGGGAAGGGUUAGCUGCCUGGGAGCAAGGAACACCUGAGGUGGAGCAGUGUUGGGGAAGGGUAAAGAGGAGCUGGCGAGCUCCAGCCUGGUAAACCCCCAGGCUGCAGGCCUUGCUGAAGGCCUACAAAGGUACUGGGGCUACAGAGGUGCAGCCUGGGAAUAGGUAGAGGCUAGGAUGACCAGAUGUCCCAAUUUUAUCAGGACAGUCCUGGUUUUAGGAGACUUGUCCUGCAUCCCGACCUUACAUUGGUCGGACGCCCUUUGUCCCUAUAUCGGGACCAUCCGGGCCGCAGCUGCGGCACUGCCGCUCACCGCUUUCUGGGGCAGUUCCUGGUGCCCACAUGCCGGCAGGAGCGUCGUGCACUGCAGGGGCGGGGCUUGCAGGCACUGGGAGGGGGCAGAGAGCCCUCCGUGCCCCCCCCCCCCGCCCUGCCCCAACCUGUGACCUUAGGAGCCAGAGGGACCUGCCUGCCGGAUGCUUCCCGGGAUGGGAGCCGCCCCAGGUAAGCACCGCUGGGACUCCCCACUUUGCCCCCUGGCAGGUCCCUCUGGCUCUUAGGGUGGGGGGGGCUCUGCGUGCUGCUGGUGCCUGCAAGCCCCGCUCUGCAGCAGCUCCCAUUGGUGCUUUUCCUGGCCAAUGGGAGCCACAGAGCUUGCGCUUGUGGCGGGCGCAGAACGUGGAGUCUGGAGUCUCCCCUUGCCGCUCUCGCCCUAGGAGUCAGAGACCUCCCAGCAGGGCUGCUAAGUGUGGCCAGGGAAGGGGGCAGGGUGUGAUGGUGAGUAUCUGGGAGGUGUGUGGAAGGCACUGGGCAGUGGGGGAGGUUUGUGUGUUUUGGGGUGCUAGACAGUGGGGUCCUGUUGGGGGGUGCUGGGAAGUGGGGGAGAUCUGUGUGUGUGUCAGGGCAGUGGGGGUCUGUGUGGGGCAUUGUGUAGUUGUGGUGGUGGGGCUGUGGGGAAGGGCCCUGGGAGGGAGGGGAAAUCUGUGUGUAUUGGGAAACUAGUGAGUGGGGGAGGGUUCUGUGUGGGGAGCGGGGCAGCUGUAGUGGGGCUGUGGGCAGGGAGGUGCUGGGCAGGGUGUGUGUGUGCACAGCACUGUGCAUUUGUGGUGGAAGGGUUGUGGGGGGCUCUGGGCAUAGUGGAUCCAGGGGGCGCUGGGCAGGGGAGCUGUGUGGUGCAGCAUGGGCGCAUCCCCAACAGGAAGGGGAACGCUGGUAGCACCACAGGGCCAGGCGGACCAGUGUGCCUCUGGCUCCGGUCGGGGCUGUGCACCUGUGCCUGUCCCUUCCCGCCCCCCCCUCGCCCAAUGUGUCCUGAUAUUUCACUCUUGCGAUCUGGUCACCCUAGUAGAGGCAGCUGGUCCUAACCCCUUGCCAAUGAGGAGUGUCCAUUACACACUGCAGUUUGCCCCAGUGAGCGGGGGCUAGAUGAUGACUGGCAGUACCCACUGAAGCAAGGUGGGCUUAGAGAGUUGGGGGUUCCCCUGUGGAGGGGAGACCCAGAGAGUGGGGGUACUACUGGGGCAGAAUCCUGAGGUAAAGGGAACUGGGGUCUGGGAGGGACACGGGGCCAGCGGCAGGUGGGACACUGGCCUGCAGAGGGUGCUCUGUAUGCUGGAAAAGAGCUAACUCCCAGAUGACCAGCAGGAGGCGCUGCUAUGGUGAGUCUCAAUCCACUACAGGGAGGAAAGGGCAGUUCGGGAGUGUGUUUCUGUUUUCCCCGCUCUGUUAAUUGGAUGCUGCCAGGCCUGCAUUGUUCAGUGUAAUUCUUCUUUUGGAUAAUUAAAAUUCUGAUAAACUCAUUUGUUUUUAAACUUUAA